ACCAUCACCUAAUAAAAUAUUAAUAUGAAUAGUAUUAUCAAAUAGAAAAAUGAGUGGUUGAAAAGUUUUUUUUUUCCUUUUGAUAAAAGGUUGGAAAGUUAAACAACACUUGGUUUUCUUAUUUCCUUCUCCAAUCUGGCAAAUCUCACUCUCAAACACACAUCAAAACCAAAAUCCUCUCUUCUUGCGAGUUGCACCGAAAGACUUAAAACCCAAAAUUGAGUGACAAAAAGAUUGAGAGAAAGAAGAAAAAUCGAAUUAAAGAAAAAGAUGGAGAAUGGAGGAUCGACGACGACGACGAGCACAAUCACAAUUAAAGGGAUUCUGAGUUUGCUAAUGGAAAGCAUCUCCGAGAAAGAAGAAGAAGGAGGAGGAAGAUGCGCGAAGAGAGUUAUAUCGCUUGGAAUGGGAGACCCAACCCUAUACUCGUGCUUCCGUACAACGCAAGUUUCACUUCAAGCUGUUUCAGAUUCUCUUCUCUCCAACAAGUUCCAUGGUUAUGCUCCCACCGUUGGUCUUCCCCAAACUCGAAGGGCAAUCGCAGAGUAUCUAUCGCGUGACCUUCCAUACAAACUGUCACAGGACGAUGUCUUCAUCACAUCGGGUUGCACACAAGCGAUAGAUGUAGCAUUGGCGAUGUUGGCUCGUCCCAGAGCCAACAUACUUCUUCCAAGACCUGGUUUCCCAAUCUAUGAACUCUGUGCUAAGUUCAGACACCUCGAGGUUCGCUACUUCGACCUUCUGCCAGAAAAUGGAUGGGAGAUCGAUCUUGAUGCGGUCGAGUCUCUUGCAGACGAAAACACAGUUGCUUUGGUUGUUAUAAACCCCGGAAACCCUUGCGGGAAUGUCUAUAGUUACCAACAUUUAAUGAAGGUUGCGGAAACGGCGAAAAAACUAGGGUUUCUUGUGAUUGCUGAUGAAGUUUACGGUCAUCUUGCUUUCGGGAGCAAACCUUUUGUGCCAAUGGGUGUGUUUGGAUCUAUUGUCCCGGUGCUUACUCUUGGAUCUUUAUCAAAGAGAUGGAUAGUUCCUGGUUGGCGGCUCGGGUGGUUCGUGACCACUGAUCCUUCUGGCUCGUUUAAGGACCCUAAGAUCAUUGAACGGUUUAAGAAGUACUUUGAUAUUCUUGGUGGACCAGCGACAUUUAUUCAGGCUGCAGUUCCCACGAUUCUGGAACAGACGGAUGAAUCAUUCUUCAAGAAAACGUUGAACUCGUUGAAGAACUCUUCAGAUAUUUGUUAUGACUGGAUCAAGGAGAUCCCUUGCAUUGAUUCCUCGUAUCGACCAGAAGGAUCCAUGGCAAUGAUGGUUAAGUUGAAUCUAUCGUUACUCGAAGAUGUAAGCGAUGAUAUUGACUUCUGUUUCAAGUUAGCUAGAGAAGAAUCAGUCAUCCUUCUUCCCGGGACGGCAGUGGGGCUACAGAACUGGCUGAGGAUAACGUUUGCGGCCGAUGCAUCUUCGAUCGAAGAAGCUUUUAAAAGGAUACAAUGUUUUUAUCUCAGACAUGCCAAGACUGAAUCUCAACCCAUUUAGUUGAUUUCUGAUUUUGGUAUGGUCAAAAUGUGCUUUUAUAAAACAAAUACAAUAUAGUAUUUUAUUCUAUGUAUAAAUUUUGAUAUACAACUAGCUUUUUACUGUAAUAAAACCAACUCUGAACUAAAAGAAAAAGAAUUACUUGUUGAAAAGAAAUAAUUUGAUUUCAAUUACAGAAAUAGUUUCGAGCACACGAAAGAAGUGUAAAUU